UGUCAAUGUGACACCCUUACCACUUCAUCCGACCCGAGUGUCGAUCCCGACAGUGACCAUGCGCGCCUCCCUCAUUCGACUCGCCGAGAACAUCUCCCAACACCCCAUAAAGCUGGCAGAAGUCAGCUCCACCCUCUUACCCCCUAUUACACUGUAUCGAGGCAUACUACGCGCCCACCGCCAUCUACCCCAGGAUCUAAGGUUCAUGGGAGACGGAUACGUCAAAGCCGAAUUCCACCGGCACCAAAACGUGACAAAUCCGGUCCAUCUCAUGGGCUUUCUCGUAUCGUGGAAAGCGUACCUGGACGAGAUACCGACGGGUCCGGGUGGGAGGGAAGGGUUCCGAGGGAAGAAGCUGGAUCCGACUGUGUUCGAUAAGAUGUCGAAGGAGCAGCUGGGGCAGCUGUACGAGCUGCUGCAGGCCACGAAGGAACUUAGAUAGCUAGUGGAGCUGUGACCACACAUCGUUUUCAAAUUUCCUGGCCCCACUCUGGCGCGACGCUCAGCAUGUCUCAAGAGGGGAAGCCACGUGUGCAGCCCAGCUCCGACCUCCCGCUCGAACUCCUUCGGAAGCCGGCUAGAAUGGAAAGCUGUUAGAAAGCGUAGUGGUUUGGGCUCAUCAACAGCUGUAGUCCUGUCCUCCGUAUGCCAACUCUAACAGCGCAAAUGACUACUUAUCUGGCUUGGCAAAGACCACACAGAGCAAUUCAAGUGUGAACCAUGACGACUCCUUCAAGCUGC